AUGGCCGCCAUUGGACCGGACCCGCCGAUUGAGGAGUUUAGUCAUUUGGAAGAGGAGGAAAUCGUUCCAACCAAGCAAGAACAAUCUUCGACUUUUGAUGUGACGAGAGUCGCGUCCAUCGAGCCGCCUCCUAAUGGCGGAUGGGUUGCAUGGUCGCAAGUCCUGGGCGGACAUAUCAUUACCUUCUUCACAUGGGGCUUCAUUACUUCGUUCGGCAUGUUCCAAGCACAUUAUACGUCCAUCGGUCUCUCGACGCCCUCGAAUAUCUCAUGGAUCGGCGCACUCACCGUCUUCUUCCUGCUCUCGAUUCCUCUCUGGUCGGGGGCAGCGUCGGACACCGGUCAUUUCAAGCUUGUUUUACGCAUGGGUAUCGGACUAUGGCUCAUUGGCAUUUUCAUGACAAGCAUUUGUAAAGAAUAUUGGCAGUUUGUGCUUGCGCAAGGGUUUUGCAUCGGGCUCGCAAACGGGUGCAUGUUUGUGCCGAUGGUCUCCGUUAUCUCGACGUAUUUCGAUGCGACGAAGAGGAGUUUUGCGAUUAGCAUUACGUUGUGCGGGUCGGGUACAGGGGGAUUGGUGAUCCCGAUCAUGCUCAAUAGGCUGAUCAAUCGCAUCGGGUUCGGUUGGGCGGUAAGAACGUUGGGCUUCAUGGCGCUGGUGAUGCUGUUGAUAGCGGAGCGGCUGCUGAAGAAACGACUCCCGCCCAAGAGUUCGGUGAAGAUGCUUGAGCCGAGUGAGCUUAAAGAUCCAGUCUUCGAUCUCUUUGUGGGUGAACUGAUUCUCGGCUCGGUGUUUUGCUUCGCAGGCCUCUGGUUCGCCUUCUUCUACAUCAAUGCCUUCGCCAGGAAGACCCUGGGUAUGACGCUGGAAGAAUCGAUACCACUCCUCUUGGUGCUGAACGGGGUGGGCAUACCAGGGCGACUCCUGCCAGCGUACAUAGCUGACCACUACUGCCGGCCAUUGACCAUCAGUUUGAUUGUCAGCUUUGUCACCGCUCUCUUACUCUAUUGUUGGGUUGCAAUUACCUCGACUGCGGGCAUGUAUGUCUUUGCGGUGCUUUACGGCUUGUUUGCUGCGGCUUUGCAAGCCAUGUUUCCUGCAACACUGGCAGAUCUGACCUUGGACAACAAGAAGAUCGGAACAAGAAUGGGUAUGGGGUUUGCUUUAUCUAGCUUUGGUUGCCUCAUUGGAGGUCCUGGUGGAGGAGCAUUGGUCGAGGCUGGCAACGGAUCUUACUUGUACGGACAAGUCCUUGCUGGCUCGUGUGGUGUAUUGGGAUUCAUGUGUUUCUUGACCGCAGCGCUGAUACAUAAGAGGAAGGCGAAGCAGCUCGAUGAUGUUUAG